GUAUCAUCUGACUGAUGUCAUAGCAGCAUGCAGCAGGUCAAACCAGGCACCUCCUAGCGCAUCCUACAGAUGUGAACAAACCGAAAGGAAGAUGGCAUAAAGGGAAAAGGGAGAAAAACAUCAAGAUAGAACUAGCAAUCUGUAGAGACCUACGAAAAAAAGUUGAUAUUCCAGGACAAUAGUGAACAUUGGCAUCAAUAAACGCCACAGCUGAACUCAAAAGGAUUCCCAUGUUGCUUUAACCCAAACAGCCAUGAGUAUCAUACUGUCCCCCAUGAGGAGCCAAGAGCCGGAUGCAAUGCCAACAGACGCAUCUCCCAUGAUCACAAACAUUACCCCUCUAGAAGAACCGGAGGAGGGGAGAAGGGUAAAAGAAUUUGAUGUUAUCCAGCGCUAUGAGAAGCCUCCCCCACUUCACACUGGCGCAGAUUGGAAAGUGGUCCUACACCUGCCAGAAAUUGAAACAUGGCUUCGAAUGACAUCAGAGCGAGUUCGAGACCUUACCUAUUCUGUGCAACAAGAUUCUGAGAAUAAGCAUGUUGAUGUUCACCUGGUGCAGCUAAAGGAUAUUUGUGAAGAUAUUUCUGAUCAUGUGGAGCUCAUCCACGCCCUGCUAGAGACAGAAAUAUCAUUGAAGCUUCUCUCUUAUUCAGUCAAUAUUCUGGUGGACAUCCAUACUGUUCAACUUCUGUGGCAUCAGCUACGUGUUUCAGUUCUUGUGCUCCGUGAAAGAAUCCUACAGGGUCUUCAGGAUUCCAACGGAAACUAUACCAGGCAGACCGACAUUCUUCAGGCUUUCAGCGAAGACAGAAAAGAGACCUGCUUGGACACACUGACUGAAGUUGAUGAUGCAGGUCAGCUGACUAUUAAAUGUUCAAAAGACUAUUUUUCUUUGGAUUGUGGUAUUACUGCCUUUGAACUGUCUGACUACAGUCCAAGUGAAGACCUGCCCUGUGACUCAGAGGCCAACAUGACAUCGAGUUCAAGCUCCAAGUCGACGUCAAAAUCUUUUGGGCAUUGGAACUCUGAUCUGAAAAGAGCCUUUCCAGAGUUGGGUUUACCUUCUGCGCCAAAUGAACAUUACGUUUCCCAUCAAGAGGAAAUGAAGGCAAGAGAUGAACAACAGCUGACCAUUACAGAUCACCUGACUUCAAUGCAGGAUAAUAAGGACACAGUCAUCUCCAAAAUAUCAAAAAACCAUCCAGCCUCGUCUCAGACUCCACCUGCCGAGUGUGCCACAACCCAAAAUGAAAUGAUUAAGAACUCCAAAAUAAUUUCUGAUAAUAAUAUGGAUGAUUUAGAGACAAAAAAUUGUGCCCAAAUGCAUACUUCCAGUGCAAAUAGCAUCUACUGCGAGAACGCAACACCAAAAAGAACAAUUACAGAUUGUUUCAAUUAUAAUGAGGCGUCCCCUACGCAACCUUCCUUACCUAAAAGAGCUUUGUAUCUAGAUGAAAUUUCUAAGGAUGACUUGGAGGUUAGUUGCUGCAGAAUUUUACCUUCUGACUUCUCCCACAAAGCAGAAAUGAGCAGAAGUACACCCACUCUUCUUGAUCAUCCAGACAGAUCCAAACUUUGGCUGAAUUUGUCUUCACCCUACCCAAGCACUUCAAUUGCUGCUACCAGUCGCUCAUACGAUGAAUUAAACAAAAAGGUCAGCACUGACAAUGGAUACCUGAGUUCACAUUCACAAUGUAAUUUAAGAAAGGCAACUUCAGGCACAGAUACAAUGCAUGUCCAACAUCAAACAAAAAUUUCUCCCGUUAGUAAAUCAUGUGAUCUUCUUGAUUCCACGCAAUCUAACAAUAUAUCUUUGCGAAGCCCCAAACAGCACUGCAGCAAACCUUUAUCUCAAAACAUCAAUUCUCCAUUGCACAAACAACAGAAUUAUAUUUCUGUUACAUCCGAACAAACCUCCCCAUAUCAAAAGCAACCGGAAGCCACAUUUGCAAUAAAGAGUUUCCAGCCAUGUUGUUCUCCAUAUACAAAAACUCCAGGUGGAGAAAAUAAUAAUAGUUCCAAACCGUUUAAUUCAGAUACAUCGAAUGAUAAGUACAAGGAAAGUAAUAAAUCUGUGUCCUCUGGGUGUCAGAAUCAGUUGUCUGGUAGUAAAUAUAAAAAUAAGUUACCCACCAGACAUGGUUUGGAAGCAGCUUCACAGCUUCCUAUUCAAACUUCAGAUAAUGUGGCCAGGGUAGAUUCUGCAUGUUGUAGCUCCACUGCAUCUUUGCCACAACAGGAAACAUGGACAGAGAAUAGCGAAAACAAAAGUCAAACUGCUGAAAAUGAUAAAGUUGACACUUGGUUUGGAUUAAAUGAGUAUCUGGCUCUUCCAUCCCAUCUGAAGGAAACUGAAGUGUUGGCUUUAAAGCUGGAGAAUUUGACAAAGCUGUUGUCACAGACACCUGAAGGUGAAGCACUUCAGAAUAUUGAUGACUGGGAGCUUUCAGAAGCAAAUUCAGUCACUGAGGUAAAUCCAUCAAUUCUCAAUGGAAGGGAGAACAGAAAAUGGAUCACAGAAAAUGAAACUAUUUCUACAACGUCUUCAAGUGAUAUAGCAUCCUCCCUGGAGGACAGCAUUGAAUCAGGUCCACUCAGCGACAUCCUGUCAGAUGAUGAAUUAUCAGUAGCAGAAACAAAUGGCAAACACCGGACGAUAUGCCAACUCUCACACCACUGGUUAACACAGGUGCCAAAAAAUGCCUUGAAUGGUGCUUCUUCCAAAACAAGUCUUGUUCAACAGCUACGGGAAGAUAUUCAGCAGAAACAGAAUAACAGCUUUGUCUGGGGAAAGAUCGAGGCCUUUGUAAAUAAACUUGAUGAAUUGAUUUGUUGGUUGUUUGAAGCAAUGGAGACAACAGAAAAUUGGACACCUCCAAAAGCUGACAUAAGCAGUCUGAAACUUUACCUGGAAACACAUCUGAGUUUUAAACUUAACGUAGACAGUCACUGUGCACUUAAAGAUGCUGUGGUGGAAGAGGGACAGCAGCUUCUGGAACUCAUUGAAUCUCACAAAUCAGGAUUGAAAGACAUGCUACAGAUUAUUGCAAAUCAGUGGCAGGAACUACAGAAGCAAAUCAAACGCCAGCACAGUUGGAUUCUUCGAGCCCUGGACAUAAUCAAAGCAGAAAUAUUGGCAACUGAUGUAACUGCACAUGGUUUAGAAGGUACUGGGAAUCCCAAGGGAGAGAUACAGCUUAUCAAUCUGGAAACCAGAAGAGAUGCUGUGGAGCAGAUGUCACUGAAGCUAUAUAAUGAACAGUAUACGAGCAGCAACAAACGGAAGCAAGAAUUUGCCGCAAUGUCAAAGGUCAAUCGAGUGGAUGCUUACAGCCUUUUGGACUUUGAAUCAGAACACCAGGAGCUGUGGGAUUGGCUGAUUGACAUGGAAUCCAUAGUGAUGGACACCCAUGACCUGAUGAUGUCAGAAGAGCAGCAGCAGCAUCUUUACAAGGGCUACAACACAGAACUGUCUAUGUGGCUUCCAAAGAAAAUACAUUUACUGAAGAAGGUGGAAUCGGUAAGACGAGCUGGUAUCUCAUUAUCCUGUGAUAUCCUUGAAAAAGUAGAGGGAAUUAAAGACAAAUGGCAUCUGUUGGAGAGAAAACUUAGAGAGAAGACUCAAGAUGCAGCAUUGGGGCCAAAUGGGGCAGGAACAUGCGAUCUUUUGUCACCUGAAAGCAGCAGCCUGGUGAGGCAGCUUGAGAUCAGGAUCAAAGAAAUGAAAGGCUGGAUGCGAGAUACAGAGCUUUUCAUCUUUAACUCCUGCCUGCUUCAAGAAAAAGAAGGAACUGCAGAAGCCCAGAAAAAACUUCAGUAUUUUAAGUCACUGUGCUCUGAAAUUAAACAACGUCGGCGUGGCAUAAUUUCUGUACUGCACUUAUGCCAACGUCUCCUCGAUGACACAGAUUCGAGCUGUUUGGAAGCUGAUCGUCAUUCAAUGAAACUUGUUAUUGUGAACCUGGAGAGAAGGUGGGAAGCCAUAAUAAUGCAAACUGUCCAGUGGCAGAAUAGACUACAAAAGCAACUAGGAAAAGAAAAGGUCUCUUCAAGCUGUAUUGAACCUGGCCUGAUGAAUUUAAAUAUCUCAGGUGAAGAUUCAUUGGAAUGGGAUGAGACAGACAUGAGUUACAAUUUGAUUGGUAUUCGUGAUGAGACACUUGAUCUUGCAUGUGAACAGAAUGACAUAUCAAAAUUUUCACUUGAGCCGAUGAACAAUCUCGUUGAUGAGCUUCUACUGGAUCAUUACAGCUGCGGCCCUGGAGAAUCACUGUACAGUCCUGGUGAACCACCUUCUUCUUCUUCUUCUUAUCCAUAUUCCCAUCAGCACCACACCCUACAUAAUCUACAGCUUCUCGGAAAAGAUUGUUCAUCAUUUUUCAAUAAUGCAUCAAAUGUUUCCAAUGCAAAGCUGCUCACCAAUUUAGUGAGGAGUGCAAGUAAAGAUUAUUCGUUCUCAUCUGAUGAUUCUUUGCCAGACCUACUGGGUGAUUUCAUUCCAGUGAGACAAGACAAACCAGUGGCACUGAGGCCUGAGAGCAAGAGUGGAAUAGUCAGCGAGGGUAAUACUGAAACAACCUCUCUGUCAAACCAAGAUGAUCGAGUGCAAACUAAGCUAUCUACCAAACCUCUCCACCCCCUAAUAGAACUGAAACAUAGAGACUGCCCAAUUCAAUCAUGCAUUUGUAAAAGACAAGACCUAUUUGAAAAAAAGGAAAUAAAGAAUGUAACAAAGAUACAAAGAACAAAAUAUGAUGUACAAUUGUCAGAAGAUUUUCAAUCACUGUCUCUGAGCAAUGAGGGGAAUUUACAGCAAUUUCAAAUGAAUAAAAUCAGUUCGAAGGAUAUUUCAAAAGAUCUGGAGGCACAAUAUGAUGUGUUCACAUUUUAUGACUAUUCUUACCUGCAGGGCCCUGAGCUUGAGUUAGGUAUAACUCACUCCCCUGAAGAAAAUGUAACUACUGAUGUGAAUGUGAGCACAAAACCAGAUUAUGUUGAAAUUAUUUGUAAAAAUGGAUUCUCACCUUCAGAUGGCAAACUGGACUGUGCUAUGGCAGAAAAAUGUCUGCUAGUAUCAUCAAGUAGAGGUAACCUUGAAACUGAUUUUAGAGCAGUAGAUGAUAAUGGAGUAUCUCCAGAUGAAUAUCUGAAAAAUGAAACAGAUCUCAUAUUUUUGUCCCAUAGGUCAUCUGUGGAGUCACUUUCAUUUGCUGGUGACAUAUUUAGCCAUGUAACUAACAAUCACAAAAAUGGUGAUCUCCAUCGUAGUACUUCCUUAGAUAGUUGGGGUAAUUCAUGCAAGAUAACAGAGGAGUUACUUGGCCUCCAGGAUCCAGGGGACAUUAGUGUGGGUGUUGAAGCAGUGGGGGAGCUGAGUAAGAGAACAUUGGACCUAUUGAAACGUUUAGAAAACAUUCAGAAUCCAGUAAGUCCAAAAAUGAAACGUAGUGUUUCAGACAUCACACUGCAGAGUAAUUCUCUUAAAAUUUCAUUCACUGGCCAACCAUCAUUCGAUGCCACUUCCUCAGCCAAUGAAGAUUCUGCUGCUUCUCUCACAGAACUAAGCAGCAGUGAUGAGCUUUCCUUGUGCUCUGAAGACAUAAUUGUGCAUAAAAAUAGAAUUUUGGAUUCAAAUGCAUCAUUCAAAAAGCGUAUUAAUCACUCAAUGACUGAUGAAGCUGAUACCAAUAUAAGCAUGAUUGUAAAUGUGUCUUGUACUUCUGCUUGCACUGAUGAAGAAGACGAUAGUGAUUUGCUUUCCAGUUCAACCCUUACGCUAACUGAGGAGGAACUGUGCAUUAAGGAUGAUGAUGAUUCCAGUAUUGCUACAGACGAUGACAUUAAUGAAGAAAGUAAUUGCAUUUUAGAUGGAGACUACAUGAAGAAUGAUUUCCACCACUGGAUUAAACCAAUCUUUGCUGUCCCUGCAAAAGGAAAGAAAAAAAUGAAUCCAAAAUUGAAUCCAGAAGAAAAGGAUUUGAGCAAGACAGACCCUAAUAGUUUCAGGUUAUCUGCUUUCAAAAAUACUUCUUCACUUUAUCCAUUUUUGAACAGCCCAGUAUUUAAGCAGCUGGAGUCUAAAGAUCAUAAAAGUAGUUCUCUCUAUCCAAAUGAAAAACAUUUCAUGCAGACUGGAAUGGAAACUCUUAGACAAUGUACUCACCAUUUAAGAGAUGACCUGGAGAAUGGCAAUGUGGAAAAAUCUGUAUCAAAACAUGAAAAUAAACAAAAUAAAGUAUUAGAUAGCAAGAUACAUUAUUCCUUUGAAAAGGGGCGAAAUACCAGCAAAAUUCAUAGAACUGAAUGUUUGCAAUCUGAAUUGCUUGAUAGUACAAUUGAGCAAAAACCAGAAUCACAACACGUUCUAGUUUCUAGGUCCCCUACCCAAUCCAAAGAGAAGGGUAAAAAUCUUAUAUGUUUGGAAGACAAAAGAUUUGCAAACAAAUAUUUAUUGUCACCUAUUUUUAAUACUGAUGAGGUUAUUUGCAUGAAAAGAUUUGAAAAGUUAAAUGAUAUUGGAGUAUUAGGUGGGAAAAAAGUUCCAACAAGUGAACAUAGGAAUAAACAACAACAUCAAGAUUCCAAAGCAGAACUGAUGUUCAACUGCCACAGUGACGAAGAUACUACCAGUAAAUAUUUAGCUGGAGAAUGUUCAUCUCAUCAUAAUUUAGAAAACACACAGUUGGAGGAAGUUAACAAGGAUUGUGCAAAAGCUAUUUCGAACUGUGCCUGCCACUCUAAUAUUUCCCAUAGUGAGGAGGAAGAAGAUAGUUCUGUUCAUAAUUUUGUGAUGGAAAUUAUUGAUAUGGCAUCUUCGGCCUUGAAGAACAUAUCACACCAUGACUCUGAAAUGGUGAGUCCAACAUCAGUGGCUCAAAUCAAGGAAAAAGUGUUGGAACAUUCUCACCGAGCUUUGCAGCUGCGAAAAGGAGACUUUUACUCCUACCUGUCCAUAUCAUCACAUGACAGUGACUGUGGUGAGGUAAGCACUUGCAUUGAUGAGAAAAGCAGCACACCACUGCCUUUAGAUUUAAGUGAGGAGGCUAGACUGGAAAACAUUGGUGAAGAUGAUAAACUCCUUUGCGAAGAUUUUACAGAACAAUCCCAUAAAUCCCGCUCACUUGAUUCUACGUUACAAAAGGACACUGUUCCAGAUGAAUUACCUUUGCCAAAUGAUGGAUUGGACAUGAUGCCGUUAAAUGCUAUUCAUGUGCCACCAGUUAAUCAAAAGACAUGCAGUGGAAAUCUAAGUGAAAUUAACAAAAUCACUAAGAAUCUAGAUACAUGUUUUGUUCCCAUUAAUCAAACAAGUAAUACAUCAGAAGACAAUACAUUUCAAUCUGUAGAAUACCAUGUGAAAAAUCCUUACCUUAAUUCAUUGCUGCCCGAAACACAAAGAAACACAACUAAAUGUUUGUCAUACAAUAAGUCCUUUACAGUCGUGCCAAAAGUUGAAAUGUUUGAGCCCAUUGAACCACCAUUAUACAUGGAAACUGAUGAAAAUAUAUCAGUAAAUCAGUCUUAUGGUAUGAAAAAGAAUCCACUGAAGGAUGCGCAAUCAAAUAACAUUUAUUUUAAGAAACCAAAAGACAAUGUGUCCCCUAGCACUAAAACAAAAUUUCCACAAAAUGGACAUUCUAUAAAUGAAGAUGACGAAGGUGCAGAUGGCAAAGUCAAAGUGAUCCUUGACAAGAAAGAAAAUCAUUGUGAUGGGAUCUUUAACUUGCCCGAAAAAGGGAAAUCUGGCCAUAUCCUUGCUCCAUUUUUGCCCACCAAUUCCCAAGGUAACAUCUAAUCGAUUUGAACCAUCCUCUUCAUUGAUAUUGAAGACAAGCUCCUUCCAAAUGCAAGUUUUUCAUGCUGGUGUGGUUAACUGGUUGUUUUUGCUGAUCCUUUGUAUGGCAGUUGCUGUUACCCCCUUGUUGGUAACAAUACCAACAGAUUGCAGCAACAUCCAGCAUUUUUCUUCUUCAUGGACUUUUGUCCAAAGCUACCUCCAAGGGACUCCUCUGUUCUGAUACACAGCUUAUAAAUGUUCUUAUUUUCUUGGUGUAGGUACUUUUUGGUAUGGAACAGGAAACCACAACAUUUGGAAAGAUAUUGGGGUAUAAUCUCAUGUCACUUCUGGUCAUGCCAUUUCAUGUAUUAUAGGAGUAAUGUUUGGAUUUUAGGAGAGAAUAUAUCCAUCCAAUCUAUCUGGAGCAAAAACCUUCACAGAAAGGUGGGCCCUGUUGUGUUAACUAUGCUAAUUCCAAGAUGAACCAUGAAUAUUAUUUGAACUUAAGAGAUGGAAAGUAGCAUAACAUUGAUAACAGGAACUAAUUCAAACCGUAUGUUGAAAAUCAAUAAUCAUAUCUUGAUAUGUUUUAUGUAAUUAAUAUUAAGCCAAUAUAAAUAUAGAAUACAUAGAUCCAAUCUAUGCAACUGUAGAACUUAUAAAACAAUCUUACUGUGCUGUAUAUUGCAAUUAUAUGGUUUUUCAUUUCAAUACACAGUCAAGUUUUAUUAUUUCUGCUUCUUAAGAAGGGGAAGAGAAGAAAUGUUUUAACAAUGUGUGCCUUGCUGUAUAUCUUAUACCUUUUGUUAAAAAGCUGCUUUUCCCAGUUAAAAAGCUGGCUUAAAGAGAUGUGAUAGCAAGGUUAUGCUGUGUGUAUAAUUUAUGUACAUAUGUACAAGAAAAUGCUAAUGUUCAUGUACAAUGAUAUACAAUGCUUUCUUGUAUUGUGUUUAUGUGUCCAGUGAUGUGGAAAAUAUUAAGCCUUAAGCUGUUAGAUUGCAUGGGUUAAAGUUAAAUUAAAGUUGGCAAAUAAAAAUUAAUUUAUCAGACAAUAAAA